UGAGCCGACAUUGGCAAGCUGAAGGAGAAAAGUGUUGACGAUUCCUCAAACGGCACGAGAUUCUCAAUGUAGUUCUGAGUGCCAGCGAGCAACGACGUGUCGUCGGAAGAUUGCAAAUAAUUUCGUUACGUUAAAAAUAUACAGAGAAACUCGCAGUCAAUAUGUCAGCACCGGUGGGGCCGGAACCAGCCACGAUCAUUUGUCCAACUUGUAAUAAACAAGUAAUCACCAGCGUGGACUAUACAUCAUCCACGAAAACGCAUUUGAUAGCAUUGCUUUUAUGUGUUAUCGGCUUUUGGCCGUGCGCUUGCUGUCUUUAUUGCACAAAAUGUGCUCGUAAUGCCGCACAUCGUUGCCCAUCAUGCAACAGCUUCAUUGGAGUUUACGAACGUUGAAGUGGCUUACGAGUAUGAGCAGCUAAUAACCGUUUUUUUCAACGACAUCUACUCUACUGUGUAUAUAAGCAUAUAUAUAUGUAGGUAUAUAUAUAAACUUUUUAUAAUAAUUCUUCAGAUAUAUUGAGAUUGAGAUUGAAAUAUUAAAAACUCGAAUACAAGCUGGGAAGAUUUUUUUAGCGAUGUAAACUUUUGUGGUUCUUUUCGAAGUUAUUGACUGCAAAAAAAUUGUUUAUAAAAAUUAUAUCUGCCAUAUUUUUGUAAUAAAUGGUUGUAUUUUAACAAAAACAGUA